AUGCCUGAACAAAUCACGCUUUACGGUAACAAGGUAUUCUCCGUGUUCAGUCAUCGCGUCUCCAUCGCCCUCAAAGAAGCUGGUGCCGAGCACAAGGAAUAUGUCAUCGAUACACACAGCCAUAAGCCCACAUGGUACUCCGAGAAAGUCAACCCCAUCACCAGGAAGAUCCCUUGCAUCACCUACGGCGGCCCCGACACAGACCCCGCAGACCCGUCUCCAGAAUCGCACAAGAUCCACGAAUCCCUCGUGAUCUCCGAGUUCAUCGCCGACCUCUACCCCGACGCGCACCUCGUCCCCUCCGACCCGCUGCAGCGCGCCAACAUGCGCCUCUUCAUCGCGCUCUGGGAGCAGCAGGGCUUCCCCGCGUUCUGGUCCUUCCUCACCGGCACCGGCUCCACGGAGGCGUUCCUCGGCGUGUUCGAGGCCCUGCAGGCGCGCCUGGCUCCGUCCGGGUUCGCGGUCGGGCAGUUUUCGCUCGCGGACAUCGCCGUCGCGCCCUUCGUCCUGCGCACCUUGGUCCUCGUCGAGCACGAGAUCGGAAAAUACCCGCUCGGGGACGGCAAGAAGCUCCUGGACGCGAUGAAGGAGCCCAAGUUCGCGCGGAUGGCAAAAUACAUCGAGGACCUCACGGCGUACCCGAGUGUCAGGGACACGUGGGCGGAGGAUGCCUUUCUCGCGGGCGCAAAGAACCCGGCCAUGCAGCGCAACUAG